AUGGAUACCUCAAUCUUCCGUGAUGAUUAUGAAUGUAGUCGUAGAGUACUCGCUCCACUAUCAUUUUCAAUCAUUUUAGGGCAUGGAAAGAGGAUCGUUAUGAUUUGGGCUUUGAAUAAUAUUGCUUCGGGGACAUCUGAACACACAAAAGUGGUGAUUGAUCAUGGUGUUGUUCCAAUAUUUGUGAAGCUUCUUGCAUCUCCAAGUGAUGAUGUUAGAGAACAGGCUGUAUGGGCUUUAGGAAAUGUUGCUGGUGAUUCCCCUAAAUGUCGUGACCUUGUACUUGCACUAGGUGCUUUGAUUCCUAUAAUAUCCCAAUUAAACGAGCAUGCUAAGUUAUCCAUGUUGCGAAAUGCCACAUGGACACUUUCAAAUUUUUGUUGA